GUCCAGUACUGUGGCUUGCUGUUCCGCCACGAGGGCUGGCCCCUGUGCAUCCACGAGAAGAUUGUAGUCCAGCUGGCCUCCCUGGACUGGCGAAUCUUGAAGCCUGGUGACUUCUACCUGCAGGUGGUCCCCUAUCUGAAGAAGUCUCCACGAAUUGUAUUGAAAUGUUUGGCAAAAGACAAGCAUAAUGUAGAGGAAGUCGUGAUUCCAGAAGUUUCCUAUACCUCUAUUUUCACCCUGGAAUGGUUGAGUACUUUCAAUGGCGAGCGGAUGGGUAUAGCACUGAAAAAUUGUUUACUAACCACUGAUGAUAAAAUAUUUCGUGUCCCCUGGGAUAAAGUGGUUAAUCCUGAAUUUAUAAAUAAACCAAAAAUAAUUGAAAACGACAUCACCUCUCCAGAAGUAACAGAGGAACGCUCAGUUUUGUGCCUCCCCAUGGACCAUGCCGAGUGCAGUUUGUCAGACCUAGGAUCUCAGUGUCUACAGGAACAAAGUCCAACUAGAGACGACCUGGUCGUUAGCAGCAUAGCUCCGCAGCUCAGUGAAGCUCUUGUCAAUGGUGUCUGUACAAUUCCUGUGCCUCAAGAGGACCUGAAAAGUGACCUGGAAGGGGAGUACGUAGAACUGACAGAAGUUUCAUUGCCCAGGUUUGGGCCACAGACGGGCUCUUUAACCCAGUCACUAGCUUUAAACUAUCUAACUCAGCCCAGGACGCGAGUGAAUGCCUCUAAAGACAAGCACAGGUUUAUUGUCAUUCAAGACAGCACCUACUCCAAGAACUUAAUUCAGUCAGCACUUACACAGAAGGAGCACUGUCAAAUGGACACGCUGAGGACUUCUGCAGAAGUUCUCCAAAAUGUCAUUCCUGUGGAAAGCAGCAAAGCGAUGGUACGUGGAGAGCUGUCUCCAGAAGGUCAGCUGAUAGCAGGUGGUCCUGGAACCAUGGGGAAUAGCUUUCCUGCGGCCGAGUCCCCUGCCUGCAGUGCAGAAGAUUCAUCUGCAGAGCAGGAGCCCCACAGCGAACGCCCCAUCGACUGGCAGUACGCGCUGCGCAGCUGUGCCGAGGCCUGUGCUGGGGAUGGUGUCAAGUUCAGAGCUCAAAUGCCUGGUGCUCCUGGAAAACUGGAAGGAGAAAGCGAUGGUCCCGGCAGAAAUCCUGAUGCUGAAAUGUCGGAGCAGAGCCCAGAGCCAAUUCUAGGUGCUCCUGCUGCUAAAGAAGAGGUGAUACCAAGAGUAUGUGGAGAGCCCCUGACUGAGGGUCAAGAUGAGGAGACACAGGUGGAUGCCUGUCCUGUGCCUGCCCAAGGGCCUUUGGGGCCACACAGCACACUGAAGGAAGGUUCUGAUGUUUCUAGCCAGAGUGUCAGUGCAAGUGUUGUGCCAAUCCAGGCCACUUUGUCGCUUCUGAUGCCUGGGAGAGCGGCUGUCGGUGUGGAGAGAGGCUCUCCUCCUCCUGGGAACACGGCACACAUCGGAGCAGUUGGUGCUUCCUGCAGCGAUCAGGAAGCAGAUCUUAGUUCUAUGUUCAAUCCUCCAGAACAGAACCAAGAAGUAGAUGAAAUUGAGUGGGGAAGAGGGGACAGCCCAGAGGAAGUCCGAGAAGGGAUGGUGGCAGAAGAAGCAGAGAUGAGAGAAGAAGCAGCUGGUGCAGAUGGGUUGAAACCAGUGAGUAAAGUCAGCGCCCUGGAGGAAACCUCAGCAGCUGUUAGUCCCCCGGCGUCCCCAGCUCCUGGGCCUGCCUGGGGUGGUCGCUCUGCACCUACCAUCGUCAAGGAUGUGAACCCAGAAGUGCUCCGGAGCGGAGUCGCCUGCCUGCCCGGUACCAGAGAUAAAUUGGGACGAGCAGUGGCCAUAAUAACAACAAGGAACACAGCCUGGCUGAACCCCCACUGCAACACCACAGAGCUCGUACGCCUCCUCCUCUACUUGCAUAGCAUCCCAAGACCAGAAUGCCAGGCGUUGGGUCUGACUGUCCUCGUGGAUGCUCGUCGCUGUUCACCAGUCCCUGCUCUCUUCAAGGCAUUCAGCAUCUUGCAGGACUUAGAUCCUCACUGUAUCCAUGGAGUACUGCUGCUGGUGGAGAGGGAUGUGACUUUUCGGAUGGAGAAGCCCCCAGCGGGACAGUUUGAACUUCUCACCUCCAUGAAGUCCCUCCAUAAGCACAUAGACAGCUCGCAGCUGCCUCUAGAACUGGAUGGGACCUUCCCUUACUGCCACCGGGACUGGCUCAGCUUCCGCAUGAAGCUGGAACACUUGCUACAGGGAUGCCAAGGUGCAUGUGCCUUCCUCCAGGGAGCUAUUCAUAAAGUGGAAUCCGGAAAAUUACCAGAAAGAGCUGAGCUUGAGGCCAUGUGGGUCCCGACUCUGGGAGCUGGAGGAGGCUGUCAGUGGAAGGAGGCAGCUGUGCUGCUGAGGACUUACAGGCAGCUGAUGAAGAACGUUCUGGAAGACACCCGGCUGGUCAGGCUGCAGCUGGAGGGGGGAGCGCUCCUGGCCAGGCUGAGGAAGGAGGAGUCUUGUGUCACCCUCACCCAUGACUACAGAGACGCGCUCGAUGCUGCCAGCGUGCUGUAUAACCGAGUUGACGAGGGCGUUCACCGCCUGGUGAUGCUGUCCAACAAACGCAUCCAGGAGCUGGAGCUGGUGAUGGACUUCGAGAAAGUGGAAGAGUGUUUUAAGGAGGUCAGCAGUUGGAUUGAGAAUGUCGGCAGAAAACGGCUAAAGGAAACGACCAACCUGGAUGAUUCGUUGGAGAUGCUGCUUCAAACACAAAAGCAGUUCAGGGAGUUUGAUCUUGUGGCCAGUGAAUAUUGCAGAAGGGGCCAGGAAGCACUGAAGAGGAUGGAUCGCUGGGAAGACUUUUCCUCUGUGGAUGUGCAAUCUUACAGGGUGAAGCUGCAGACCUACCGAGAUCAACUGGAGGAGUUCUGCACUCAGCUGGAUGAGAACAGGCACCGGAUCUGUGAGACGGUCAGGCUGUAUGAAUUCUUUGACAAGGCGUACGAGUGGGCCUUGGAAGGGAUGCGACACCUCGCCUGCAUCAGCAUGGAGGACUGCAGCUCGGCCGAGCACUGCGCUGCCGUCCUCAAGUGCCUGGAGAGCUACAAGGAGCAGCACCCGGACAUCAGCGACGCCCGCUUCCAGGAGAUGAAGGAGCUGGCCUCCGAGCUGAAGAGUGACAAGGGGCUCAAGCAGUGGAAGUUUGCGUGGUCCAAAUGCCAGGAGACCAAGGUGGUGUUUGAGAAGAAACUCGAAGCUGCUUUGAGGACGAGGAGAUCCCAGGUGCCGGAGCGCCGAGGUGCUGCUGGGGAGCAGCCCGGGGGGGCGGCCGGGGAGCGGCCCCAGCCCGGCCGGGCCCACGGGAGACACUCCGAGGGGGUCGCCUCCGGCUCCCACUGGGACAGGACUUGCAGCACGUCCCACGGCUACAACAGGCCCGGGUGGACUAAGGAGAAAGCUCCCUCGCCCUCCCUGAGCUGUCCUGGCGAU